AUGGGCUGUGGCGAACAUAAAGAGAAGUCCAAUGGGCUCUGGUAUGUGGGCGUGAUUCUGACAGUCGUCGGCUCAAUCUGCACCAACAUGGGUGUGAACCUGCAGAAAUUCUCCUUCAUGCGUGAAGCCAAAGGCCGCAGCGUUGGCGACAAGCGAGGCUACUUCCGUCAGCCGCUGUGGGUGAUUGGGCUGUUUCUCGUGGUCGGCGGCAGCAUCCUAGACUUCGUAGCGCUAGGUUUCAUGCCCCAGUCCCUUGCUACGCCUGUUGGUGGAUCGACGAUGGUUGCCAAUGUUGCCUUCGCGUCGCUGUUGCUCAAGGAGAAGUUCACUAAGUCCGACGCUAUUGGCACCGCACUCGUGUUGCUCGGUAUCAUCGUCGUCGCUAUAUUCGCUGAAAAGGAGAGCGCGUGUUAUACCGUCGACGAACUAAUUGCACUCUACCGAGAGCCGCUCUUUGCGGUGUACGCGACGCUUAUGGGCGUUUCGUGCCUCACACUCUAUCUGCUGACAAAGAAGAUGGAGCUCACACUCAAACAAAAAGGGAGGAUGUCGCCUGAAUACCAGCGUUUUCGAAAGCUCCAUCCGGUCAGCUACCCAGCUCUGUCUGGAAUAUUUGGUGCACAGUCUGUGCUGUUUGCCAAGUCGAUGGCCGAGCUUAUGAAGACAACAAUCGAGGGUGACAACCAAUUCGUGACGUUUGGUCCCUAUGCUAUCACGGUCAGCAUGCUCACCUGCGUCUUUUUGCAGAUCCACUGGCUCGCCCACGGCCUGCAGAAGUUUGAUGCCGUGUUUGUUGUGCCUGUAUUCCAAUGUUUCUUCAUCUCCAUCUCCAUCUUCGGCGGUGGUGUGUACUUUAAAGAAUUUGCAAAGAUGGCACCACUCGCACUUGGUAUGUUCUCGCUUGGCGCGCUCAUCACAAUCAGUGGAGUGGUUAAGCUAGCUCAUCGUGACAUGCAGAAGCUCAGUCCAAUGAGGAGACUGCGCGCGGCUACAAUGAUGUUGGUGUUUAUUCAUCGAAGUCAGAAAGCUCGCAACCUCAAGGCUCGCUGGGCCAAAAAUCCCAGUCCAAGCGAAACUGCUGAGUUCUUCCAGCAACAUAACCAUCAGUGCUACCUGUCGGUCAUGAAGGAGCUUCUGCGGUGA